AUGGAGAAGAUUGUAAAGGGCGCUACGAAAAUCAAGUUGGCUGCGCCCAAGGCCAAGUACAUCGAGCCCAUAUUAUCUGCCACAAAUGGGGGGGAAUCAGGUGUCGCCGAAGUCUUCCGGACACUCCAGCUUCGACUGAGGGACUCGACAUGGACGAUUGUCUUCAAGGCGUUGAUUGUGGUGCAUCUAAUGAUAAGAGAAGGCCAGCCCGAGGUCACUUUGAGGUACAUAUCCGAGUCGCCCAAGAGAUUGGCAAUGAGCAACUUCACGGACGUUCAGACUCAAGGCCUCAACAUCCGAAAUUAUGCAGACUACUUGAUGGAAAGAGUUCGAGCGUUCCGUGACACCAAGACGGACUUCGUCAAGUCAGGAGCGGGAAAGAUGCGCAGACUGACCGUCGAAAAAGGGCUAUUGAGACAAACUGAGAUUGUGCAGGCUCAGAUACAAGCGUUGCUGCGGUGCGAGUUACUAGGCAAUCAUGACCCAGACAACGAGAUCUCACUGACGGCUUUUCGUCUUUUGACCCUGGACUUGCUGGAGCUGUUCAAGGUGAUGAACGAGGGGACUAUCAAUGUUCUAGAACAUUACUUCGAAAUGUCCCGUGUUGACGCCGAACGGGCCUUGCGAAUCUACAAGACAUUCGGAGUUCAGACUGAGAAGGUGGUACAGUAUCUCGGUGUCGCCAGACAGUACGAGAUGUCAACUCGCCUGGAAGUCCCAACAAUAAAACACGCACCAACAACACUGACCCAUGCUUUGGAGGAAUAUCUCCAGGAUCCCGACUUUGAAUUGAAUCGAAGACAAUACUUGGCACAGCAAGAAGCAAAAAGGACAGGCAAGCCAGUUUCCUCCGCGCCAUCAGCCAAUCCGUUCGACAAGACGGCAACAAAAGAAAUUACAACGACGUCCGUUGCAGUCAACCCACAACCGUUCCAAUCGGCGCCCAAGGCACCAGCACCCGAUCUGAUCGACUUCUUCGAAUCGAUCGAGCACAAUCAGCAGACGAUGGACCAGGCCAAUUUCAACUCGCAGCCUCAAUUUCAGCAAGGAGUACCACAAGUUCAGGGAUAUCAGCCAGCACCAGUGCCUCAACAGACGGGUUACAACCCCUUUCUGCAGCAACAGCCCACAUUCCAGAGCCAGGCUCUACCGCAACCCCAAGCUCAGCCGCAGCCUCUGCAGACAGAUUUCACAGGCGCCGGGUUCGGUGGAUAUGGGCCUCAACCACCACAGCAAAUUCAACCGGUGGGCGGAUUUCAGUUUUCGACGCAGCUUUCACCGAUUCCUCAGAACGGCGUGGCAAACUUCCAGUCACAAGCCUUUUCACCAGUCCAGCCUUCUCCGAUACAACCACAGCCAACAUCCACCAAUCCAUUUCGGCAGUCCACACUGAACACUGGAAGCACCCAGUUCUCCCCCGUCAGUCCUCCAGGUCCGGCCCGGUCGUCGACCAACCCAUUCGCCAAGCAGAACACUGGAGCUCUCCCCAACAACGACCAUUCGGCAGGCGCCACUCACGACCAGGCCACCUUCUCUCCCGUCUCCCCUGAUCAAGCCUUCCCGUCCAACCCAUCCUUCCUCUCAUCACCGCCGCCGGCGCUCCAACCUCAAAGAACAGGCACCAACCCCUUCGCAAAGAACCGACCGACGACCCCCGGAAAUGCAGUGGCAACCAAUGUGACUGGGAGCACGAAUCCAUUCAGGCAGAGCGCGUUUGUCAAUCAACAGACGGGUCAGGGGUGGCAGCAUAGCAACCAGGGCACACUCUUGGGCUUUGACGUGAAUAAUGUAGACACCGUGCCGGUCUUCCCAAGGCCAGGACACAGUUGA